UAGCGGCGGUGAGAUGCGUUGCUGGGGAGCGGUAACCAAGGAGGCCGCAGUGAAGGCCUGAAGCGGUGUGAGGGUUCGGAGAGCGGGUUACUGAUCAGUAGUAACACGAAUUUACUGAAUUAGUCUUGUAUUGAACUAAUCAACGGAUUAAUGAGCUGUUAGUCACUAAUUUUAAGGCAGCUUUUCUUCUUCAAAAAUCUCCUUCUUAAGCCCACCUCCAGUUUAAAUUCCAUGGAGGAUCAGGAGCCAGACCAAUAGUCCGUUUCCAGAACCAACCAUGGUGAAACUGAGGGCCAAAUGCCUUCUGGCUGGUGACUCCACUGUUGGGAAGAGUGCAUUGAUGCAAGUAUUUCGCAGUGAAAGUGCCCAUUUUCUGAAAAAUUAUACCAUGACAACUGGAGUGGAUGUCUUUGUAAAUCCAGUCUCUAUCCCAGAAACUUCAGACAGUGUGGAGCUUUUCCUAUUUGACUCUUCAGGGAAAGAGAUCUUCUACGACAUGGUGGAAAGUCAAUGGGAGUUUGCAGGGGUCAUCUGCCUCGUGUAUGACAUCACCAAUGCAGCAUCCUUCAACAGCUGUACAAAGUGGCUGGAAAGGGCCCGGGCUCAGGCUCCCAACGGCCAGCUACCAGAGUCAAUCACAUUGCUGUGGGUCUGGAGUUACAUAUCGGCCAGACCAGGAGUGCUUGUGGGCAACAAGAUGGAUUUAGCAAGCAGGCGAAUGGUGGAGUACGCACAGGCGCAGGAAUGGGCAGCCAGCCAGGGUCUGGAAUACUUUGAGACCUCUGCAAAAGAGAUGGAGAACUGCAACGCUCCAUUCUUGAGCCUGGCCAAAGCAUUCCAUCGUAUGUACGAGGAGAAGCUGGAACACAUCCGAUCUAUUGUGUGAGGCAGCCCUUGUUGCUGUCUCUUUCUGCCCAGUAGAAUGACUACUUCCUGAUCAACUGACUCCCCUGCAAAAUGGCACCCUGUCUGGCUCUUACCCACCCCCUAUCUCUCACACCCUGUUUCACAGUACAGGUCCACAAUCCUCUAUCCGAAACCCUUGGGGCCAGGUGCAUUUCGGAAUUCAGAAUUUGUCGGAUUUCAGACCACCAUACCAAAAACACGUGUGCUCAAGUCCCUUAUUUAACCUGGCUCAGUGCGGUGGACUUUAGGACCCAGCGGUGCACCAAACCUACGCACAUCCUCCCGUAUACUUUAAAUCAUCUCUAGAUUACUUAUAAUGCCUAAUACAAUGAAAAUGCUAUGUAAAUAGUUCUUAUACUGUAUUGUUUAGGGAAUAAUGACAAGAAAAAAAUUUAUUUCUAACAAAAACAUUCAAUGAAACAUAAAAAUAUACAGCUUCAAAUGAACCGAAUCAAACACAUGGUAAAUGACUUAUUGGAAUAAAUGUAGGACGUCACUGUCACUAUAAA